AGAACUUCCACCCUUUACACUCUCCCAUCCCUACCAGCAGCAACCCGCCUGCCCAUCGUACAUCACCUCCCCCUACAGACGACCCAAUCCCACUCUACUCACACGCUACUUACCCUUACUCGCCUUCAGAACAGAAACCCAGCCAACCAUGGAGAAGGCAGUUGUCGGGGCUACUAAGCCCAAGUGCAUGUAUCCGAAGCAGAAAUACCUCGACACAUUGCUGUUCGGGGCAACCUCGUCAAUGCACAACAUCAUGCUUAUUAUGAAUGCACUUCAACCAAGGCUGUCCAGCAAUACAUGGACUAUUUCUUUUAAGUCUUUAUUGGUCGUACACUUGCUCACUCGCUCUGAAGCCGGAAACGAUGUGUUGAGCUUUUGUGCUUCUCAGCGCGGAAUUCUUUCGGCUGCGUACAAGGGCGGCGCCAAUAGCGGGCAUUCGGCCACAAUCAGAACCUAUGCUGCGUAUCUCAUUGAAAAAGUUCAUGUGUACGGCGAACUCCAACGGGAUCCGGUCAGGACAGGAGUUCAAGGGCGUGAUGGCUAUCUGAGAACAUUGCCCUUGUCCAAGGGCCUGUUGCAUCAUGUAGCAUGCCUCCAGAAGCAGAUCAGCGCCCUCUUGGCCUGCAAGUUUUAUGUGGACGAGCUGAGUAACGAGGUGACGAUUGGAGCCUUCGCAUUGCUCGUACAGGAUCUACUGCGACUUUUUCAGGCGAUGAAUGAGGGCGUUAUCAACAUCUUGCAACACUACUUUGAAAUGACCAAAGAUCAGGCGCGUCUAGGACUGAAGAUUUACAAGAUCUUUGCAGAGCAAACCACAAAAUCGAUGGAGUAUUUCAGUGUUGCCAAGCGUAUGGAAGGCGUCAUUCACAUCACCAUCCCUCAGCUCAAGCAUGCACCACUAUCGCUGGUCAGAAAUUUGGAAGAACACUUGAACAGUCCAGACUUUGAGGAGGAACAAAAGUCCGCUUCGAAACCAAAGGAGUCUUCAUCAAGCAAACCGACUGCCAAGCCCGCUGCAUCAAAAUCAUCAGAACCCGUGAGAGGCGGCAAGCCUGGCAAUGAUGAUGAUACAUGGUCUCCUAAGAAGACAACAGAGGAAUCUAAGAGACUCAGCACCAAGAAGGAUAUCAUCGACUUUUUCUCCAGUAUUGAUAACGAGGAGACAAUUAUCCAGCAAAAUCCCAACACGUUCCAGGCUCAGAUGAUGACCGGAGGAAACGACUUUCAGCAAUUCCAGCUACAGCUGCAGCAACAGCAACAGCUUCUCCAGAUGCAGCAGAUGCAAGCACAACAGAAUAUGAUGCUUCAAAAUCAAUUGACAGGCAUGCCUGGAUCCCAAUUCCAGUCAGAUAUGCUGGCUGCACAGCCCACUGGAUUCAAUACCAACCCUUUUUCGAUGGGUCAGCAACAAACGGGUCUAUACCAGAACAAUAUGAGCAAUAACGGCAGUAUGAUGGAUAUCAUGGGCAAUGGGGGCAUGAACAAUGGUGGCAUGGGCAGUAUUGCUCCUCAGAGUACGGGAAACCCUUUCCGUCUUGGGCCUUCGGCAAUGGGGUCGGCCUUGACACCCUCGCUGCCCAUGAUGACGGGGUCGACACAAUUCAACGCUAUGCCCAGUCUUUCUUCACAACCAACGGGAAAUACCAAUCCCUUUGCGCCUUCCACGAACCCACUCAACCCAUUCUCGCCCAACUUUGGCAAAGUACCAACGCAGUCGACUGGCAUGAUGGGUAUGAACAACAGCAACAUGGGCGGUGGUAUGGAUAUGAUGGGCGGUAUGAACAACACUUUUGGCAGUAACAACGGCAUCAACAUGAUGGGUAGCCAAGCAACGGGCGCCAAUGGAAGCCCAUGGGGCCAGCAGCAACAGCAGCAGCAGUCGCCAUUUGGACAUCAAGCCAGCUCUUCAUCCUUCAUGUAGAGAAUUCAAACAAUAUUACACGCUGCUGUUUGUUAUGUCCUUGAAGAGUUUUGUAAUUAAUAGUGCUUUGCCGUUUUGGACCGCCGUUCAAACCAGGCAAUUGAACGAUCACCACACUUUCGUUGAGACGAUGACAAAGAAUAUCCAUAUUCAUCUGCGAGUUCAUUAAACACAAUAGACAUAAAGAACAUUGACCCGCG